CAGUGACCCAGAGCAGGAAAGGAGCCAUUUAGAGGUACCGGCAGGAAGGGAGUCACCCAGGAAGUGCUCAUUAACAACUCCUUGAGGAGAGGAACAGAACCUGGAGGCAGGUGGCCUUGGCAACAGAUUGGAGGAGGGGAACGGGCUCUGGAGGUAUUAGCAUUUUGUUUCCUUUUGAAUCAGCUCUCAUUUUCCUGACUCAAUCGAUCCUUGCCUAACUGACUGUCCUUUUGCCCUGGUCUGAGGGCCCUCCUCUGCCAACAGAACUCCUCCUUCCCAUAGUGACCACAGCAAAAAUCUCAGAGCAAGUUCCCACUGGACCAUCUUGGGUCACAUGUCUAUCCCUGAACCAAAUGCUGAUUGGCCAGAUUGGGGUCCUGUGCCCACCCCCUGAGCUGGCACAGAAAAUUCAAAUCACAGGGGGGGUGUCUUGGUGGGCACACACAUGGAAGUGAAAUUCAGAUGCUGUAUGAGGAGGAGGAGGAGAAAUUCUAGUGAAUGGGCUUAAAACAGUUCCUACGGUUCUUUCUUUCUUUCUUUCUCUUUUUCUUUCUUUCUCUUUUUCUUUCUUUCUCAUCCCAGCCCCAGUCCCUAUGGUUCUAACCUUGUCCCUUUUGAGAAAUAGCAAGGAAAGCCCAGGCACCAUCAGGAGUAAGAGAGGGGAUAGAAGAAGCUAACCUUCAUGUAAGGUCUGAUGGAACACUGGUUACAGUACACAUCAUGCUACUUUUCAGAGUUGUUUUUCUUCUGUGAGUAUAAAGACCUGAAGACCAUUUGAAUAUAACAGCAUCCUAUUUGAACUAACCCAAGCAACUAAUAAUUGCUAUCCCCACUGUGUGCUCACUGUGUGCCAAGUUUUAAGAAUUUCACUUAGCCAGGCUCCUGGCACACACCUGUAAUCCCAGCAGUUCAGGAGGCUAAGGUGGGAGGAUCAAAAGUUCAAAGCCAGCCUCAGCAAUUUAGCGAGGCCCUAAGCAAUUUAGUGAGACCUUGUCUCAAAAGAAAAAAGUAAAAAGUUCUGGGGAUGUGGCUCAGUGGGAAAGCGCCCCUAGGUUCAAUCUCUGGUAUCCAAAAAAAAAAGGAAAAAGAAAAGAAAAAUAAUCUAAUUUAAUUCUCACCAUACCCCUAAGGACUGAGCACUGUAUUAUCUCCGUUUUAUACAUGAAGAACUGAGACUAGCAAAAGUAAGUGGCUGGGCUGGGAUUGUGGCUCAGUGGUAGAGCACUCGCCUAGCAUGGGCGGGACCCGGGUUCGAUUCUCAGCACCACAAAAAAUUAAAGGCAUUGUGUUGUGUCCAUCUACAAAAAAAAAGUAAGUGGCUGGUGUUCAAACCAGAAUAAUAUAACACCAGAAGAAAUGUACUUAACCACAAGGCCAGUUUACCACUUUUAUUUACAACUGAGUGUCUCUCUGUCUCUGUCUCCCUCCAGAUGCCAGUUACCUAAGGAAAACAUCCUCACUGAUCUGUGUGUUUACUGGGGGUGGAACCCAGGGCCUGGUACACGUUAUGCAAGUGCUGUAUCACCAAGUUACACCCCCAGCCCCAACUUCUGUGGUUUCCUUCCUUCCUUCCUUCCUUCCUUCCUUCCUUCCUGUUUCUUUCUUGGUGCCGGGUACUCAGGAAUAGUUGUACGGGCUACACAAGAUCCACUGUUUGUCUGUAUCUCUUAGCUUGGUUCUCUCUAUUUAUGGGGGGGCGGGCUACUGGGAAUUGAACCCAAGGGCACUUUACCACUGAGCUACAUCCACUGCUCUUUUUUAUUUCAGAGUCUGUUCAGGGUCUGCUAAGUUGCUUAGGGCCUCUCUAAACUUCUGAGGCUGGCCUCAAACUUGCAACCCUCCUGCCUCAGCCUCCUGAGCUGCUGGGGUUACAGGCAUCCGACGGGCUCUCCCCUAAUCUUUUACACCAUAAAUACUUUUACUAUGUGCCAGACUCUGUUCUCAGUGGUGGGACUACAGUAAUCAAGAAAAGGGUCAAAUGUCCCUGCCCCCAUAGACUCAAUAACAAAACAUUAAACAUAUAUCAGGUGACAAGCACAGUAGUAGCCAAAAAGGGAAAAAAAAAAGUUGUUUAAAGGUGAAGGAGGCAUGUGGGGGAGGUGAUCAGAGAAGGCUUCACUGAGGAGGCAGGUGCGGGGAGAGGUCUGAAUAAGGUGAGGGAGAGAGCUCGGUUAAUAUCUAGGGGAAAAGCCUUCCAGGGAGAGGGAAGGAACAGCACACAGCUCAUGUCAACUUCACCGUCUGGUUAUUUCUUCCUUCCUACUGGCAAAGAUGCCUCUCUGGUUACACCACAACAUCUGCAAGAAAAGGGAGCCUCUUUUCCCAGCAAAUCCAGCUGAAAUCUCAGGAUGGAAGCUCAGACUGUCUUGGUUAACAAGCCCACCCUGAACCAAUCACUGAGUGUCAGGGAAUGGUGUACUCUGAUUGGCUAGUCUGGGGUAGGAAAGCUCAAUGGUUACCCCCUCCCUUCUGUAGGUGUGCACCUCUGUGCAGGUAUGUACCCCAGUUUGAGAAAUUCAGUCCUAGUGAAUGGAUUUGAUGAUUUAUAAUAUAAUUAUUUUCCAGAUUAUUAAAAGAACCAUAUAAAAUAAAAUACCAAGUGUAUAAAAAUGUAAGGGGCUGGGGUUGUGACUCAGCGGUAGAGCACUCGCCUAGCACAUGCGAGGCCCUCAGCACCACAUAAAAAUAAAUAAAUAAAUAAAGGUAUUGUGUCCAACUACAGCUGAAAAAUAAAUAUUAAAAAAAUAUGUGGGGCUGGGUUUGUGGCUCAGUGGUAGAACACUCACCUAGUAUGCAUGGGGCAUUGAGUUCAAUCCUCAGCACAACAUAAAUAUAAAAUAAAGAUAUUGUGUCAACCUAAAACUAAAAAAGAAUAUUUUUAAAAAGUAAGCAUUUCCCCCCACAAAAUCAUAAAUGAAGUCUCACUCCAGAAUAUGUGUAACUUUACAAAUGAAGGACCACGUUGUACCUUCCUCGCAGCAGGAGCAGGAGCAGCCCUGCUCCUCUACUCAAUUGCUAGUCGUUAUGAUGAUUGUUCUUAUUUCCAGUCUGGGGAGGAGUGCUGAUCAGCAGGAUAAUAUCAGUAGCUUACAUUUUUUAAAUGCUUGCUACGCAUCAGGCUAGGUUUUACAGAUGAGAAGAAUGAAGAUCGGGUAAGGUAAGUUACUUGUCUAGGGUCACAUAGUCACACAAAGUGUGUCCGAUGUUGCUUUUGGAGCUGUCCUUGGCCUCCAAGGGGCCACUGGUCCCAGGAGGGCCCCUGCCCCCUCCCGGCGGGUGCUUAUCUCUGCCCAGGCUGCGUGCUGGUCCCGCCCCUUUGGGGGAGCUGCCUCUUGGAGGCUUCUGGCCGGGAAGAGCCUGCCUGGUCAGCUGUGUCCGGUGGAGGCAGCUGCGGAACCCAGCUGUGGACUGUGCCAGGGGCUGGUCCUCGGGGCAGGAGCCCUGGGCUCCCCGGGGCCGGGUGGAACCAUGGGCCACCUCAGGGCUCCCCUUUGGCCCCGGGUCAGUCCUCUCUUUCUCCUGCUUGCUGAAGCAGCUUUGGCGCCCCCACUCAACCUGCCUAACCCCAAGCUUGAGAGCAAAGGUAAGAAUGGAGUCUGUGUGGACCCCCACCCUGAGUCCUGGAGGGCAAUGCUGGGGCCUGAAUUCCCACUCUGGGUCCUGAGGGCCAUUCUAGGUUCUGUACCUUCAGACUGGAUCCUGGGGAGCAAGCUAGUGUCUGAAUCCCCAGACCCGGUCCCAAUGAAGCAUGCUGGGGUCUAAGUCCCCAGGAUGGGUCUUGGGGAAGAAGUUAAGAGAGGGGCAUAAGAUUCUUAUUUUAGGGCUGGGGAUGGAGCUCAGUGGUAGAGUACUUGCCUCCCAUGUGUGAGGCACUGGGCUGAUCCUCAGCACCACAGAAAAAUAAAUAGAUACUUUGUGAUAUAUAUACAUAUAAAUGAUUCUUAUUUUAUCUUUUCAGGGAGUCUAGGACAUGCUAAAGCCUAAUGGAACAAGGGUGUGCUGGGUCUAGGACUCCUGCAGUCUGAGUCCCUGGGGGGAGGGGAUCAAGCGGACCCUCCAAUUGGGAAAAGAGGCUAAAGCCUCGAGUCAGAGGGGCCAGGCUGCAGGCGACUGUGAACACGGUUUGCGAGCGGGCGCCAGAUCCCUAGCCCCGUCGGGUGGAAGAAGGGAGCGGGGGACACGGUUGGCGCUAUCGGGAGCCUGUUGGGGCAGAUAGGGGACCGCCUCCUCCAUACACACCCAGCAGUGCACACAUCCAGGCCUGGAGCAGCGCGGGCAGCUGGGGGCCGAGGUCUUGAAGCGGCCCUGCUGGCAGCCCGCGGGUCCGAAGACCUUCUGUGCUUCACCGAGAGAUUGGAGGACUUGGUGUGUUUCUGGGAGGAAGCGGCGAGCUCUAGGAUGGGCUCCCACAACUACAGCUUCUUUUACCAGCUCGAGGGUGAGCCACGGAAGCCGUGUCACCUGCACCAGGAACCCACUGCCCGUGGCGCGGUGCGCUUCUGGUGCUCGCUGCCUACGGCCGACACGUCGAGCUUCGUGCCCUUAGAGCUGCAAGUCACAGUGGCUUCCUCGGGCACUCUGCGCUAUCGCCGUACCAUCCACAUCAACGAAGUGGUGCUCCUGGACGCCCCAGCAGGGCUGUUGGCACGGCAGGCCGAGGAGGGCGGCCACGUGGUGCUACGGUGGCUCCCGCCUCCUGGGGCACCUAUGACGACCCAAAUCCGCUACGAAGUGGAUGUCUCGGCCGGCCACGGUGCAGGAGGAUCGCAGAGGGUGGAGAUUUUGGAGGGUCGCACUGAGUGCGUGCUGAGCAAUCUGCGUGGAGCCACGCGCUACACCUUCGCAGUUCGUGCGCGUAUGGCCGAGCCGAGCUUUGGUGGUUUUUGGAGCGCCUGGUCUGAGCCUGUGUCGCUGCUGACUGCUAGCGACCUGGACCCCCUCAUCCUGACGCUCUCCCUCAUCCUGGUGCUAAUCCUGCUGCUGCUGGCCGUGCUUGCCUUGCUGUCCCACCGUCGGGCCCUGAAGCAGAAGAUCUGGCCGGGCAUUCCAAGCCCAGAGAGCGAGUUUGAGGGUCUCUUCACCACCCACAAGGGUAAUUUCCAGCUGUGGCUCUCCCAGCACGAUGGCUGUCUCUGGUGGAACCCCUGCACACCCUUCACAGAGGACCCACCAGCCCACCUGGAAGUCCUUUCAGAGCGCUGCUGGGGGGUUACCCAGGCAGUGGAGCCAGGAGCAGAUGACACGGGGCCUCUGCUGGAGCCAGUGGGCAAUGAACGUGCCCAGGACUCCUAUCUGGUGCUGGACAAGUGGUUGCUGCCCCAGAGCCCAUGCAGUGAGGACCUCUCAGGGCCUGAUGGCAGUGUGGACACAGUGGCUGUGGAUGAAGGCUCAGAAGCAUCCUCAUGCUCAUCUGCUUUGGUCUUAAAGCCCAGACAAGAGGGCGCCUCAGCUGCCAGCUUUGAGUACACCAUCCUGGAUCCCAGCUCCCAGCUCCUGCGUCCACGAGCACUGCCUCCUGAGCUGCCCCCCACCCCACCCCACCUGAAGUACUUGUACCUCGUGGUUUCUGAUUCAGGCAUCUCAACUGAUUACAGCUCAGGGGACUCCCAGGGAGCCCAAGGGGGCUCCUCUGAUAGCCCCUACUCCAACCUGUAUGAGAACAGCCCUGUCCCAACCCCUGAGCCUCUAUCCCCCAGCUAUGUGGCCUGCUCUUAGGACUCCAGCCUACAGAUGCUUGGGGAUCCAACAGGACUGCAGCGCCAGUUCAGGUCCAAGACUGACCUGAACAGGAACGGAGAGGCUGCCCUCAAGGCUAGGGGCAUUGCUAACUUUGACUGUUUACCCGACCCAUUCUGCUCAGAAAGUCCCAACUGUGCAGUAUUUUAUAAUAUGUAUGUUCUUUUUUUUUUUUUUUGUAUAUACAUAUAUGUAUAAAAUAUGUUAAGUUUUUCUACUAUGACUUCUGCAAACUCUCUGUAAGCCCCAUAUUUCCCUAGGCCAUGGCCACAGGGGCAGCAGAUAAAGUCCUUGAUCUCACUCUGAAAUUUUGGACCUGGCAAUGUGAAGACUAAUCAUAAUGAAAUAAAUUAGUCAUGUAAAUUAUACUA